GCAAAAGGGAGGGAGAGAGUAGUUGGUACACCAAUUGGGAAUAAUUCCAACAUUCUACUUGACCUUCGUGGCUUUAAGCUUUUCUUCGUCCUUGUUUUCAUGGCGCCACUUUAAUCAACCUUCGUCCUCUUCAUUUUCAUGGCAUCUCCUCAAGUAAGUUUCUCCAUUUCUAUACUACUUUCCCUUUUUUUCGAUUUCAGUAUUCCCCUCUUCAAUUCGCCCUCUUUUCACCUGUUUCCUUGCCGAUAUUACACCAAUUACGCUACUCAUGACUUUGAUUCUGAUGACGAUGAUCCCAAAUUGUUUCUGAAAUUUGUUAGACAACAAUCCAAAUUAGGGUUUACUAAUGUUGAAAUCUCCCUUUCCCAUUUCCACCAUAUGAUAUCGAUGAGACCUCUUCCAUCUAUCAUUGAUUUCUGUAUGUUAUUGAGUGCCAUGUCCAAGAUUAAACCCAACCCACCUUUCUCCACUGUCAUUUCUCUUUACAGAGACCUCCUUUUCUUAGGUCUUCGUCCAGAUAUUUACUCCCUUACCAUCCUUGCUAAUUGCUACUGUCGUUUGAACUUUGUUGAUUUCGGCUUCUCUGUUCUCGCCAACAUUAUUAAACUUGGUUUUCAACCUAACAUUGUCACCUUUACUACUCUCAUCAACGGCUUCGUUCAUACUCAUCACUUGGACAAAGCCGUUCAAUUGUUGGAUAAAGUUGUCAAGCUUGGCUACCAACCCACAUUAAUCACCUAUGGUUCUAUCUUCAAAGGUCUCUGUAGGUCCGGUGAUAAUGCCGGUGCUCUCAAACUCCUCAGAAAUAUGGAGUCUUAUGGCCAUUUUAUGCCUAAUGUUGUCAUUUACAACACCAUCAUUGAUAGUCUCUGUAAAGACCAGUUAUUACCUCAGGCUCUCCGCCUUUUCAAGGAGAUGAAAGUCAAGGGAAUUUCCCCUGAUGUUGUCACCUUUAAUACCUUAAUUCGAGGUAUGUGCACUUUGGGACAACAGAAAGAGGCUCAAGAUAUGCUGACUGAGAUGUUAAGGAAUAACAUAACUCCUGACAUACAGACCUACAACAUAUUUAUUGAUAUUUAUUGUAAAGAUGGCAAGGUUGGUGAAGCACGGGACAUUUUUUAUUUCAUGACUAGGAUAGGAUUGGUUCCAGAUAUCAUCACUUACAACGCUCUGUUAGACGGAUAUUGUUUACGUGGUGAGAUGGACGAGGCAGAAAAGCUUAUGGAUGUGAUGGUAAAAGAUGGUUGCAAACCUGAUGUAGUUACUUACAACAGCUUACUCAAUGGCUAUUGCAAAUCUAAAAACAUUGACAAAGCUCUUGGUCUGCUCCAAGAGAUGCAUUCUAACGGAUUAACCCCUGAUGUUAUCACGUACAGCACUCUUAUAGAUGCUUUGUGCAAAGACAAUCAAAUCAAGCUUGCACACCAGUUUUUUGAGGAUAUGAAAGCUCAUGGACUGAAACCAGAUAUAAUAGCUUGGAAUUCAUUCCUUGAUGGCAUGUGUAAGAAUGGACAAAUUGACGAGGCAAUUACAACAGUGAAGCAAAUGGGGAAUACUGGAGUGAUCCCUGAUAUUAUUACAUACAGUAUCCUAAUGGAUGGUUUCUGUGAAGCUAAUCGGCUUAGAGAAGCAGAGGAUAUAUUCUCUUUUCUCAUAACUAAAGGGCUGCAUAAUGUGCGUGCUUACACCAUAAUGAUAAAAGGGUUUUGUAAAGAAGGGUUGCUAGCAAAAGCCGAUGAAUUAUUGAAGAAUAUGGAGGACAAUAAAUGCUUUCCAAAUGAAUGCACCUUCAAUACAAUUAUAAGAGGAUUUAUAGAUGAAAAGGAUGUGAGGAGAGCUUUAGAGCUUGUCAGCUUAAUGAGAAACAAAGAGUUUGCUGCUGAUAAUCACACUAUAUCGUCAUUUGUGAGCUUACUUAAUGAUCCAAAUAUUGAUGAUGUAGACAAGGAAUUAUUGAAAAAGUUUUUGGAAAACUGAGCGAGCAAUGGUUAAAGCGGAGGUGGAAGGAGCAAUGAGUUAAGCAUAGAUGAUCAGCUGUGAAAGAGAUGUGAAAAUAGACAUUAUGAGUGAACAUUAUAAAUUGGUAAGUCAUAUAUUUAAUGUGUUCUGAUAGACUGUAGGCAAAAACCUUAACUCCUGUAAUCUGGAACAUAACCUGUAAAUUUUGUAUCCAAUUGUUUGCUUGCCAUCUGCCUGUGAGUCGCAUUAGUUGUGCUAUAUCUUAUCCAAUGGUUGUAAACAGCAGUUGUGCUUACUUUGCAUAGGGGUCAAAUUUACCAUUUUACUUGAUUAGGCAUAACCACACAUGCUGUAAUGCUGUAUAGUGUAUACAAUGCAACUCUUGUACAUAGGGCUCUUAGGCUCUACAAAGUUUUGAUCGGUUCAUUGGAGACGUGUUGAUUGAAUUUCUUGGGGUGUGUUUUAGCUUUCUGUAGAUAACCAACCUUUGAAGUCUCUGUCGUUGAAGAUUUUUCUUCUUCCAGGCACUUGGAUCUUGCUUAACUGAACUCGUGUUUUGGUUACAUAACAUAGUUUUAAGCCCAGAAUCAAAUCAUAUAACCUGGUUGACAUUUGUUAAUUUCUUCUCUUUUUUCCAUUCUGAAAAAAACAAAAAGCAAAAGGUGUGAAACACUCCAGGUUUAGAGAUAUAUGGAACUGGUUAAGCUGCAAUUCCCAACUUCCAGUUAUAUGGAACUGAUAUAGUGAUCCCUGAUAUUAUUACAUACAAUAUCCUAAUGGAUGGUUUCUGUGAAGCUAAUCGGCUUAGAGAAGCGGUGGACAUCUUCUCCUUUCUCACAGCUAAAGGACUGCAUAAUGUGUGUGCUUACAACAUAAUGAUAAAAGGGUUUUGUAAAGAAGGGUUGCUAGCAAAAGCCGAUGAAUUACUGAAGAAUAUGGAGGACAAUGGAUGCUUUCCAGAUGAAUGCACCUUUAAUACACUUAUUAGAGGAUUUAUUGAUGGAAAGGACAUUAGGAGAGCAUUAGAGCUUGUCAGGUUGAUGAGAAUCAAAGAGUUUGUUGCUGAUAAUCACACAAUAUCAUCAUUUGUGGGCUUACUCGCUGAUCCAAAUAUCGGUGAUGCAGACAAAGAUUUGCUAAAAAGUUUUUGGAGAACUGAGUGAGCAAUAGUUAGGAUCAAAGGUGGAAGUAGCAAUGAAUAAAUUAUAUAUGAUCAGCUGUGACAGAGAUGUGUACACAGAUAUUGUGAGUGAGAUGUGGAUUAGUAAGUCUUAUAUUUAAUGUGUAACUUUUGAUUGAUUGUAGGAAAAAGCAUUAACAUCUGUGAUUUCGAACAUUUGAUUUUACUUCUUUUUGGGCUUGCUUUUACUUGAAUGGUGCUCAUGGAAGCAGAUGUGGAUUGACCUAUUGUAUCAAUUUGUGUGUGUUUACUUGGUA